AGCACCUGGCAUGCCAACACGAGUUUUGUUUCUGUGCGAUAGAAAACUUGAUUUUCUGUGUUGUUUUUUCAACCAGAAAUAACAAUCAGUGGUGAAAAGUGUGCAAUAUACUCGUAAACAAUGGGAAAGAAAAAGUUCAUCGAUAAAAAGACUGCGGUCACUUUUCGGUUGGUAAACCGAAGCCAGCACGAUCCACUGUACGUUGACGAGAAGGCUCCACAGCAUGUGUUGGUACCGGUUAGAGUGCCGCCAAAGUACGCGAAUUUAAUUGCCAACAGUUCCAGACAAGUUGUUGAAGGAAGCGUUGAUGCAGCCAAGCGGAGAAAAGAGCAAGCCAAAUAUGGCAUUUUCUUCGACGAUGAUUAUGAUUACCUGCAACAUCUCAGAGAGCCGGAUCGUAAUGAGGUAGUCUGGGAACCAGUUGCCUCGAAAACGACCAAGAAACCAACUAAAACCGAUCCAACUGAUGGGGAUGAUGUCCGUAUUAAGCUGCCCAGUUCGGUGUUUGCUUCUGAGUAUGAGGAAAAGGAUGGUAUCAUGAAGAAAGCGGUCGAAGUGACCCGCGGUCCUCGUCCAGACUGGGAUCCGGAUGUAGUUGCAGCACUGGAUGAAGACUUUGAUUUCGAUAAUCCCAACAAUGAGCUGGAGGAUAACUUCAUGGAGCUAGCGAUGCAGCCUUGUGCGGAUGGCGUUGAAGAUGCUUUCGACGAGGAAGGUGAACAUGACUUCGAUUCGGAUGAUAUGGAUGAUGAUGAUUACCCGGAUGAGGAACGAGAUGGUUUGGGACCGCUCGAAUAUGGCUACGGUCGUGAGGAAACAAAGUCGCGCUUUACGGAAUACUCUAUGUCUAGCAGUGUUAUCCGACGUAACGAGCAGCUAACAUUGUUGGACGAUCGUUUCGAAAAGUUGUAUGAACAGUACGACGAUCCAGAGGUGGGUGCACUGGACUGUGAGGAAAUCGAAGGAUACGUCGAAACGAACGACGAUGUACUGUUGAUGUGUGCGGCCGAAUUCAAGCGAGAACGCGAAGCGAAAUAUGAUGCAGAGUUCGAGAAACAAUGGGUCCGAGAGCACCUAUCGCAACUUGAAGCGGAACAGUCCGAAGAUGAGGUGGACAUGGAGGUAGAAGAUAGCGAGGAGAAAAAAUGGGACUGUGAAAGUAUCCUUUCCACCUACAGCAACAUCUACAAUCACCCGAAACUGAUCCAGGAACCGAGAAAGGCACGUAAAAUUCUGAUCAAUCCCAAAACGGGUCUCCCCGAAAAUGUGCUUGGUGCAGAGGGAGGUAAAUUGACCAUGAAAUCAAUUGCCAAGCUGGAGCAGGGUGAAAGUGACAAACCUGCCGGUCCAAAAUCACUCUGCGACGGAAGCGUUAUCUCCACCCUCAGUGUGCUUUCGAUCAGGCCAAAAGACGAAACGUGUGAGGAAAAGCGUGAGCGCAAAAAGUUACUUAAGGAGUACCGUGCCGAACGCAGGAUAGAACGCAAAGCAAACACGAUGGCGUUUAAGCAGGAAAAGCAAAUACAGGAGAAACACAAGAUCAACAGCAGCAUCAAUUCGGCUCAAAGGCUUGUUUGAACAUAACGAUCGUCGAUAUGUCGCCACGUUUUUAUUUCCUUUGUGAGCUUUUCCAUUCACGUUACUUGUAUUCAACUGCAGUUUGCUUUACUUAUGUAUAAAUCGAAUAAUUCUGAACAAAGUUUUGUUCUAUAU